GCGCGCGCGCGCUCCCCGCCCCCAGCCCCGGAGCGGCUCGCGGCGGGCUCCGCGCGGCAUCGCCCGGUGCAGCUCAGCGCAGCGCCACGGACUUUAGGCAGCUGAACGGCAGCGGCAGGGCAGGAGAAAGAGGCGUGGACAGGCUGCUGGGCCAGCUGGUGCCAUAAUGGCAGAGAAAGUGAACAACUUCCCACCAUUGCCGAAAUUCAUCCCGCUGAAGCCAUGUUUCUACCAAGACUUCGAAGCAGACAUCCCUCCCCAGCAUCGCAGCAUGACCAAGCGCCUCUACUACCUCUGGAUGUUGAACAGCGUCACGCUGGCCGUGAACCUGGUGGGCUGUCUCGCGUGGCUGAUCGGAGGCGGGGGAGCUACCAACUUUGGCCUCGCCUUUCUCUGGCUCAUCCUGUUCACACCCUGCUCCUACGUCUGCUGGUUUCGGCCCAUUUACAAGGCCUUCAAGACUGACAGCUCGUUCAGCUUCAUGGCAUUCUUCUUCACCUUCAUGGCCCAGAUGGUCAUCAGCAUCAUCCAGGCCGUGGGCAUCCCAGGCUGGGGCGUCUGCGGCUGGAUCGCCACCAUCUCCUUCUUCAGUACGAACAUUGGCUCAGCAGUGGUGAUGCUCAUUCCCACCGUCAUGUUCACGGUUAUGGCUGUCUUUUCCUUCAUUGCCCUCAGCAUGGUUCAUAAAUUUUACCGGGGCAGUGGAGGCAGUUUCAGCAAAGCUCAGGAGGAAUGGACCACGGGGGCAUGGAAGAACCCGCAUGUGCAGCAAGCAGCCCAGAAUGCAGCCAUGGGGGCGGCCCAGGGAGCCAUGAAUCAACCUCAGACUCAGUAUUCCGCCACCCCCAACUACACGUACUCCAACGAGAUGUGAACCAGCCAUGCCUAUCAGGAGGCACGGCUGGGGCCACUGGGACAGGGGGCUCGAGCCACAUCAUCUGUUGUGGUGACCAAGCAGGGUUCCCCCUUCCCUUUUCUCCUCCCCAACUUUGUACAAAGAAUCAGAGUUAUAUAUGUAUAUAUGUAUAUGUCUGUCCCCUGCUCCCCACCUGUUGGAUUCUGCUCUUGGCACUCCAAGAGCUGUGGGCUGUACAUGGAGCUGUCCUGUGCAGUAGUUACUGUCUGUGUCCCCUUGUGAAAUAGUGUGCAGUUGAGGUCUCUUGUUGUGGUGCUAGAUAUAUGUUUAGAACUAAACCCGUCCCCCACCCGCCCCUUCUGACCCUGGCCCAGGGACCUCAUGGGGUAGGGGGAGGCAUAGCAGAAAGUCUGGCCCCUUCCAGGGUCAUGAGCUGAUACUGUUUCCAUUUUUGGUCUUCCUGGGAAGCAAUAGUAUUUAGCAUUCCUGGUGGUGGGUGGAAGAGUGAGGACAGGCCGGGGAUCUUCCCAUGUUCCUUCUGAUCCAGCCAAGUCUCCCCUCCCUUAUCCUCUGCCUUCCUCAUCUCUUUCCUGCUGUCAGAGUCCCUGUGCUAUCUUCCCUUGCCCAGGGUCUUUCUCUUUCCCAUGUGGCUUUUGUUUUCCCUAAGGCUGAUUAUCCCAGCUGUGUCUGCUUCUGAGACUGAGCCUGGAUUCCUCAAUCUGAUCUAAUUCCCAGAUCCAGGGAGCUGACAGUGGAGCUGAGCCUUAGUACUAAUGUGGGAAGGGAACAUAGCUAGAGAUGCAGAGCCCUCCUGGGUCUUUGACUCCCAGGGAAUGGAAACGCAGGGUUGGUCUUCUUGGCUCUGCGAGGUUGGCCUGCGGAGGCAAGAUCUUCUCUCUCCUGCCUUCCCCUUCUCCCCAGAGACCCCUGGAGCCCUCUGCCUCCUCCCCAUACCCCAGCUGCUAUGGCUCAAUUCCCUUUCCUUGACCCCACCAUGUGCCAGGUGUCAUCUGCCCUUGUAGAUGGCAGAUUCCACGUCCUUCCCUGAGGUACUAGGUCAUGUCAGGCAGUUGUCCUGUGUGCCGGAACAAAGUGCAUUUGGGUAAUUAUUAGUCCUCAGGGGAGGUAUGAUUGCCCUCAGCCCCUUGGGGCAUCUAGGUUUCUCCAAGUGAUCAAUCAUUUUAUUCCUGGGAGCAGCAGCAGCAGCAAUAUUUCUGUUUGGAUAUAGUAAAGGGACAGGGCUCAGAGCACUAAGCCUGGAGGGGAGGUCAGAGGAGGAGGGCCCCUGUGGGAGGGAAGCAUGCCUCUUCCACUUUACCUGCUGUCGUUCACAGGGCACUUCUGGGCAUUUGAACUCAGUGCCCAGGAAGAAGCACAGGCCCAGUCUAAGCUGUAAGCACAAUGGCCUAAAAAGGAUUUCAGCUUAGGUGGGGUGGGAAGGGAUGCUCUCUGGAUUUAUUUAUUUUUUUCUCUCCAAAUCAGGAAGACUCCCUGACCUUAUCAGAAUCUCCUUCCCUUUUCAGGAAAGUUAUUUCAGGAUCAGGGGCUGUUCUGUUCCAAGCAGUGUGAGAGCAUUGCUGGUGGAGGUUCCAGUCCCAUCUGAGGCCUGGCAGGGAGUGGGUUCUCACUCAAGGAACAGGACUGCCCAUUUCCCACCUUCCCUUCUCCCAACAGAGGCUGUAGAAGGAAUAGCUGGGCUAUUUAGACAACCCCCCCAAAUCUCAGUUGGCUACUCUGGGUUGACUCCGGCUUGGAACCCAACACCUGGGCUUCCAGGUACUGAGUUUUGAGCUCUAGGUACUUUGUUCCUUUCCCUGCAAGGGGAGCCAGGGGCCUUUCUUCCUAAGGGUCUCUUAGGCUUGGGUCACAAAGUAUAAUUGCCUCUCUGCACUCCCAUUUUCUCUCUGGAAAGCAGUUGUCACAGUCCCUGGCACUGGAAAAGAGACCUUAGGUCUAGGCCUUUCCUCCCCUUUCUUCUUCCCCACCCCAGACUUCUGGCUUCCUUUCCCUUAGUCUCUCUGGUAGCUCCACAGGCCUAUGGUCCAGCCUAGCAUCUGUGACCCACUGGGUAUCACCUCUAAUUGAUUUCCUGUGCUAGCUGCCUCUCCUCUUUCCUGGCUCAGACCUAUUUGGUCAUACCCUGACUCUACCCUCAGGAAAGCCUGUUACAUGUAUAUGGCCCAGUUUGUUCAAACCUUGGGAUGCUGCAUCUCCAGGCAUCUAUGCACUUUCCCAGGGAGAGAGUCAGUGUGAGACGUGGAGACUGGGUACAGAUUCAUCUCUUCUGAAUGGUCUGGCUUGGGGUAGGUCCAGGAGGGUCCAGGUCAGUUCCGGGGUUUCUCAGGUCUGGUGCCAGCCAGUGACCUGCUUUGGCAUUCUCCUGGUGCCCACUGUUCCUCCUCAUUUCUGGGAGACGGACCAUCCCCCAGCUGGCAGUUGACCUGCCUGAGCCAAUGUGUCUGUCUGUGGUAACUGAAUGAACCAUAAUAAAGGGAACAUUUG